AUGGCCAUAGGAGCUCCUAUUGCUCUUGGAAAAGCCACUAGAUUCCUUUUCGGUUCGCGGAAACCCCCGCAAAAAUCGUGCGAUGUUUUCAUAAACCACCGAGGGAUUGACACGAAGCGAAAUAUUGCGGGACUGUUAAACGAAAGGCUCACGCAGCUCAACAUUUGUUCUUUUUUGGAUAGCAAAUCGAUGGAGCCUGGUGAUAAGCUGUAUGAUAGUAUUGAGUCGGCGAUUAGUGAAUGUAGGGUUGCGAUAGCCAUUCUGUCUCCGCGGUACUGCGAGUCGAUCUUCUGCUUGCACGAGUUAGCAAUGUUGGUCGAGUCGGGGAAGAAGAUCAUCCCGAUCUUUUAUGACAUUAAGCCGUCGGAGCUUCAAGUUGUGGAUACUGACGGGAGUUUCUCGCCGGAACAGUUGGAGAGGUUUACAAGGGCUAUUCGGGAGGUGAGGUAUACUGUCGGCAUCACAUUUGACUCGCAGAACGGGUGA